UUCCUCUAAGGAUUCAAGAUGUAAAUGGGAAAGAAUGGACAUUUCAAUUCAGAUUUUGGCCAAAUAACAAUAGUAGGAUGUAUGUCUUGGAGGGUGUAACGCCAUGUAUAUAGUCCAUGGAACUCCGAGCAGGCGAUACUGUUAUAUUUAGUCGAAUAGAUCCUGGAGGUAAUCUAAUUAUGGGGUUCCGAAAGGCGACAAACUCUGAUACACAGAUCCCAAAAGAAGGCAAGGAUCUACAUGUAAACGCUCUGUCUGAACAUUGGGGUGUACCUGAUGGAAAUGUUAGUCUGGGUAGAGAUGAGAACCAUGGACAUGGGGAACAUGGGAAUUCAGUGCAGCAAUUUGUAGUGAACGGAGAAAAGAAGAGGUCCAGAAAUAUUGGAUCCAAAAGUAAAAGGUUACUGAUGCAUAGUGUAGAUGCAUUGGAGUUAAGAUUCACAUGAGAAGAAGCACAGGACUUGCUUCGUCCACCCCCAAGUUUCAGGCCUA